AUGACGAAAUUACGACAGUUAUUGAACUUGUCCUACUGUCGAUACUAUAGCGUGCAGCAGACGAAGAAAAAAUUGCCAAUAAUCACAUGUAAACGGCCCGAAUUCAACCAUUACGAAGGUCAGACAUAUCCGAAGUUUGAAGCCAUCCCUCUAGCUUCUAAGGGAUGGUUACAUCCUAAAUCCAAAAACGACUAUUUCAUAAUCUAUGGUAAUGCAAAUAAACAAGAAGUGGAGCCAGUUUAUACAAAGAGUUUUGAAGAAUUAGGUGUUAAUCCUGCUUUGAUUGAGGUUAUGUCCGAGCAAGGAUUUUCUUUGCCGACUUUGAUUCAGACGAAAUCAAUUCCGGCCAUCUUAUACGGGUAUAAUACUAUCAUAACUGCUGAGACUGGUUGUGGCAAGACUCUCGGUUACUUAUUGCCAAUAUUUCAACACAUACUGGAGUGGAAGCCAACUGUUCAGGAAGAGUUUAACAGCCCAAUGGCUGUUGUAAUUACACCUAGCAGAGAAUUAGCUACACAAGUAGGAGAAGUGGCACAGAACAUAGCGCAGCACCUGAACUUGAAUGUAACAACCUUAGUUGGUGGACGCACAAAACGGAAAAUGUUAAACCCACCAAUAGAAUAUUGCGAUCUCCUUGUCACGACUCUAGGAGCAUACAGUAAACUUGUCACAACUGGCAUAUUUAAAAUCAAUAAUGUACACCAUGUAGUUUUGGAUGAAGCUGAUACAUUACUGGAUGAUAGUUUUGUUGAGAAAUUGUCACAUUUAAUGAAGAAAUUUGCAAUCCAACACAUGGUUAAAAUACAAAGUCCACCAAAAGGCUGCCAGCUUACUCUAGUAAGUGCAACAAUGCCACAAGAGUUACCAGAUUCUGUUAGCUCCUUCGUAGACCCCCAGUCGCUGAAGACUGUCACCACCUCCAACAUUCACAGGAUACUGCCACAUGUGCCUCAUAAGUUCCUCCGACUUGGAAAGGCUCAGAAGCCAGCAGAGUUAUUAAAACUAGUUAAGUCAGAUAUCAACCAGAACCGACCUGUGAUGAUAUUCUCCAACCAAACCUCAACUUGUGACUUCGUCUCGAUGUUCCUGAACGAGAAUAACGUCGAAUGUAUCAACAUUAAUGGGAAGAUGCCUGUGCCACUGAAGCUGGGCAAAUUUGAACUGUAUAAAAGUGGUAAAGUGAAUGUGCUAUCAUGUACUGAUAUUGCGUCGAGAGGAUUGGAUACAAUAAGGACAGAACACAUCAUAAACUACGAUUUUCCCUUAUACACUGCUGACUACAUCCAUCGAAGUGGUCGCACCGGACGUAUAGGCUCUCCAUCUGGCUGCAGCAUCACAAACUUUGUCUCGUGGCCUCGUGAGAUACAACUUGUGCAGAAAAUUGAGACGUCGAUCAGAAAAAAUUCGGAGUUGCCCAGUGUGAAUGCAAAUAUUAGAAGGAUAAUUCAAGAGAGAAUUGUUAGAAUGUCUGAGAGAGCCUAG